GGCUGUUCUGUAUUUUCUGGUUGUUUUGAAGUUGGAUACAAGGACAAGGACAAUGCAAAGUGAUAGCAGUACCAGUGGCCUUCCAUCGAACCCUUCUAGUCGGGUUCGGCAUCGAAGACGCUCAAAUGAGGUUCCUACUGAUGCAAGUAGUACGGACGGAAGUCAUUUACUUGUUAAUGAUCAAAAUAGAUACAAAUCAAUGUUGGUUCGUGCGCGUUCAUCUGUGUGGAUGAUCGGGGGGUUUGCAUUUAUUAUCUACAUGGGCCACCUCUAUAUUUGGGCCAUGGUUGUCAUCAUCCAAAUCUUUAUGGUAAGUGAGCUGUUCAAUCUACUCAGAAGAGCUCAUGAAAGUAGAAGUCUUCCAGGAUUCAGGCUCUUGAAUUGGCACUUUUUCUUCACAGCAAUGUUGUUCGUAUAUGGCCGCUUUCUUAGUCGGCAGCUUGUGAACACUGUUUCUUCAGAUAAAUUUUUAUAUCAGCUUGUGAGCGGCCUUAUCAAAUAUCAGAUGUUUAUUUGUUAUUUCUUAUAUAUUGCAGGUUUUGUGUGGUUUAUUCUUACUUUAAAGAAGAAGAUGUACAAGUAUCAAUUCGGCCAGUAUGCAUGGACACACAUGAUUCUUUUUGUGGUGUUUGCUCAGACCUCUUUCACUGUAGCUAAUAUUUUUGAAGGAAUUUUCUGGUUCCUUUUGCCUGCAUCUCUUAUCGUUAUCAACGACAUAGCUGCAUACAUCUUUGGUUUCUUCUUUGGGAGAACACCUUUGAUCAAGCUAUCUCCAAAGAAAACAUGGGAGGGCUUCAUUGGAGCAUCUGUCGCUACUAUUUUCUCUGCAUUUGUGCUAGCAAAUGUCCUGGGCCAUUUCCAGUGGCUAACAUGUCCGAGGAAGGAUCUCUCAACUGGAUGGCUUUACUGUGAUCCUGGUCCGAUGUUUAAGCCAGAGUAUUAUACUUUACCAGGAUGGCUGCCUGUAUGGUUUCCUUGGAAAGAGGUGCCAAUUUUGCCGGUGCAAUGGCAUGCUUUAGCGCUUGGUCUAUUCGCAUCAAUCAUAGCACCCUUUGGGGGGUUUUUCGCAAGCGGUUUCAAGAGAGCGUUUAAAAUCAAGGAUUUUGGCGACAGUAUUCCUGGACAUGGUGGAAUUACCGAUCGAAUGGAUUGCCAGAUGGUGAUGGCUGUGUUUGCAUAUAUCUAUCUUCAGUCGUUUAUAGUGCCUGAGAGCUGUUCAGUCGAGAUGAUUCUGGACCAGAUACUAAGAAACCUUUCUCUCUAGGAGCAAUGGAUUCUGUACUUGCAGCUGUUGAAGAUCUUCCAAGAGAGGCAGUUCCUGAAGGAUUGAAGCAGCACUCCCAUGUGCCUGUAGUCUUGCAUGUUAUGUAAAUGGUGAUGUGUUUUACUCCUCCCCAUCUCAUAUUUACAAAGGUUUUCAAUACAUAGACAUUGAAUGUAUAGUCUUC